AUGAAAAAAUUGUUGGUAACAGCCAAUCACGAUAGGUUAAAGAUCUGUAAAGAUCGGGUACUCCCUCCUUGGUUGGUUAAGGAAAAGAAGAGACUGGAACAGGGGAACGAAUGGGUAGAAAAGGAUACCUUAGAUAACCCAGAACAAACUCCUAAACAGACCCGGGAUGACAAUCCACCCACACCAGAUAUUUUACAAGAUUCAGGCAAACUAUGUGAAGUGAUUGGACGUCAAUAUGGAAGAUCGGCAUCAUUAGCUACCGUUGAUGAUGCGAAAACACAACAGUUUCUUACAGAUUUAAUGAUCAAAAUAAAUUCCAUUGGAAUGUACAUAGGAUUAAAUGACCUUGUAACUGAAGGGACAUUUCACUGGGUAGCCAACGGCAAGCAGGCAACAUACUUUAACUGGGGACCUACCCAACCAAACAACAGAGGGGGAAACGAAAAUUGUGUAGCUAUGCGAGUUGAUCCAGUUAUAGGCUUCAAUUAUUCUUGGACAGAUGGUCCUUGCACAGUUCCAACCACCUACAUUUGUGAAAUGGUGGCAGCAGAUAUUGGAAACCUUCUCGGAUAGCCGUAAUUGUCAGCAAUUGUAUUAC